CUUAAGUACCUUGGCCGCGCAACGGGAGGAGUCAUCCCAAGGCUCAAUCAAGCUGGCGGUGGGCUGAUGCGCCCAAGGUGCCGUGUCGGCCACAGGUGCCCUGCCGUGCCCUGCUGCUGCCCAGGUACCUAGGUCUCUGCUGGCGAGGCGCUGUGACGGGUAAAAGAACAGGGGCCGACAGGGGACUUCCAGCGCCUGGCCCAGGAACCCCCCUGAAGCAAUGUGUCAUUCAUUACUUGAUGGAAACCGCCCCGGGACGAACCUGUCUUCUCAUAAGGACCAUCGUUGGCACGAGGCUCGCUUCUAGUGUGGUGGGCACGAUGAUUAUAUCAUGUUUGAUGCCGUGCUCUGAUCCCCUUUGAAAUUUUGCAUCUUGGUCUGUGGGAUUUUCUACUUUUCAAUAAGACAUCAGAGCCUGCACCUCUGACUGACGACAGAGUCCUACCAAGACUUGUCUGUUCUGGGUUUAUACUAUAUUGUCCUGUCACUUAUCACUAUCACCUACCUACCCUACCACACACACCUUGUGCCCUAUCUGCCUACCACCAUACAUACAGCACGCCCUCCACUUCCCCAGUCACGGGAAUAACCAGCAGCGGAAAACAGUACGACUUAUACGCACGAGUUGGGCAACAUCACGCCACACCCAAGCUGGGCCCAGGAGAGAGAACCAUAGUCUCACAGACAGAAACCCAUUGCGACUGAAUCACUCACCCAUCGUCGUCUUCAAGGAGGAAGAGUAUUGUGUCUGUGUGCACAUACCUUUUCUGUCUCGCCUUCUUUGCUUCUUCUCUUUUUUUUUUCUUUCGAAACGUCAAAGCAAACGGCAGUGGGGGAAGCCGAACUGCAAGCGUCUGUCCUGCCUGUGCCUGGGACUUGGACCAUCCAAAACCACGCCCGAUUCAGCACGGGGAUCCGACCAUCGGCCAGCAGCGGACCAGCACAAGGGGCGUCAGUCAGCCAAGUCAGCCGACCACCCGCACAUCGAAUCAUCCCUACACCAUCGCCAGAUCCGGCAGUGGAACUGGGCUCACCGACCACCGAGGCGCGAGCACCACCGUCCGUUUUGGGGCCGGCCUUGUUUUUGGGGGCGUCAGGAGAAUAAAAAUAAACAGCCAGCCAAGCUGUCAAUCAACCAAUUCUUUUUCUUCCUGAUCUCGUCACCCAGGAUUAAUUAACACCUACUACCAACAACAACAACAACCAAGGCAGGCACUGCAAGGAACGAGUCAAGCAGUGCACGAGUUUUGCAGCACACACAAACGGCUAACAGCGACUGCCAUAUCGGGCAACCCACUUAUACGCGCCAGACCGACCGGGCAGGGGGGAAGGAACAUCGACCCGGCCGUGGUUUCCCAACCACCACCACCUGCAGAAAAGAUGCCACACCGCGUAGCAAACUUCUUCCGCAACUCCACCACCACCCUUGAACACCAGGUCACAGCCAUCAAGAAGAACACCAUCAGGAGCAGGACAAAGUCCCCGCACAGGACAAACAGCGGGCUCUCGGACCGCGAGCCCAGGAGCCGGGAGAGGGCCGUCGUGUCGCCUUACGCAUCAUCAAUAGACGAAGACAUGCCCAGCUCACGAGAGCACACCCCAGCACCCCCAGUCUCGAGGAGGCCGGCAGAGACACCGGGCCUGUGGAGGAAGGAGGCUCACCACGACCACGCCAAGGACAAGGACCACCACCGCCUGUCCUUCCCGGGCCUGCACGCCCUGCACCUCGGCCGCUCCAGCAAGGACGUCCACACAAACCCCCACGCCAGCCUGUCCUGGAACAUCGAGUCGCCCCCCAUCAUCUUCCAUGGCGACGCCGAGACCAGCUCGGGCGCCCUCGUCUCGGGCCAGCUGUUCCUCGACAUCAAGGACGAGUCCUACGACAUCGAGACCUUCAAGGCCACCCUGCACAUCCACGUCACCCAGAAGAAGCCCUUCACCGUCCACUGCGGCGACUGUGCCAACCAGCACACCCUCCUCAAGGAAUGGGUCUUCCUGCCACACGCCACGCCUCUCAAGCAGGGCCCUCACCAGUUCCCCUUCUCCGUGCUGCUGGACGGCCACCUCCCCGCCACCAUGGACAACCCCGUCACCAGCAUCUCCUACGAGUUCAAGGCCGAGGCCAUCCCAUCCGCGCCCAACCAGCACCCCAUCAAGCUCGAGAAGCUCUUCGACGUCAAGCGCUCGCUCCCUCCGCCCGAGCUCCCACACCACUCCGUCCGCGUCUUCCCUCCCACCAACGUCAAGGCCAGCGUGCACUACCAGCAGGUCAUCCACCCCAUCGGCACAAACACCCUGUCCAUGCGCCUCGACGGCAUCGCCAGGCUCAACUCGGCAACCAACACCAUCGAGUACUGGAAGCUUAAGAAGCUCACCUGGCGCCUCGAGGAGACCAUGAAGACUGUCGCCCCCGCCUGCGAGAAGCACAUGCCCAGGCACGACGCCGCCACCGAGGAGCAGCAGGAGCAGGCCCGCAAGAGGGGCAUCGCCCGCACCGAGACCCGCACCAUCGGCGAGAAGACCCUCUUCUCCGGCUGGAAGUCAAACUACGCCGGCGCCACCGACUCGAGCGUCGAGCUCGAGCUCGACUACUCCCUCAGCAAGCACGCCAAGUACAGCUGCGACCUCAAGGCCCGCGACGGCACCGAGGUCGGCCACCAGCUCAUGCUCGAGAUGGUCGUCUCCCAGGAGUGCGCCCCCGUCGGCAAGCCCAGCAUGGUCACCCAGACCGGCGUCGGCCGCAUCCUGCGCAUGCACUUUGGCACCGUCCUCACCGAGCGCGGGGGAAUAGGCAUCUCCUGGGACAACGAGGCGCCCCCGAUCUACCAGGACGUCCCGCCCAGCCCGCCCGCCUACUCGGACGAGCCCAACUUCCCCGCCCCACCACCGGAUAUCGAGGAGGUCUUUGAGACCCUCGACGGCCACCGGCCCCUGGCGGGCGCCCUGGGUGCUGGGCCGAGCGGGAGUGCCACCCACAGUGCCGGGAGCAGCAGGAGGAACAGCGCCGAGGCACAUCCAUGAAUGUGAUCUCUUUUUCCUUCGAACCUCCACACUUUUUUUCUUCUUUUCCUUCUCCAUUUAACCGGGCACUUGGAGUGAGGGCAUAGCGUUGUAUUUUUUGAUUUUUCACCUGAUGAGUCCAUGAGCGCCGAAUGGCAUGGCACAGCAUUGUGACGAGGGGAAAUCCGGGAAUUCAUCUCUCCAAAAAUUCUGACACUGGUCCAUUGGAUACAGGAGUUUCUUGUUAUUUUUUUUAUUUUUUUUUUGGUUGUCGUUCAACGGGACUGGGAUUGGGCUGAUACCCCUAUGUGCACGAUGCACAUUCAACAUGGCUUUUUAGAAUGCAGCAGCAGAUUCAGUUAAUGUUUUUAGUAUUUAUCUCUUGUACCAUCCUACUUUUGGUUGGUAACCCACUUAGGUAUCUUGGAUCUCUCACUCGCAUGGAGAUUUGAGACUGUGGAAUGCAAAAUUGGUGCUUGAUGAUGGUGCAUAA